GCAGCUUCGCAGCGGCCGUAAUUGCCUCCGUCGAUUUUGCCGCCGAAAUGUAUUCAACCGCCGGCCAUACGGUCGUUGACUGUAGUCGACUUCAAUCGCUUUCACAGAUCUCCAAAUCGUCUUUGCAACUCAUUCACCCGCGCAAAAAUGUUUCCAUUUCUCUCUUAUUCGCAAAAACUCAUCGCUCUCCCAAUGGAUUCCGGCGAAUCCGAAUUAUAUCCGGAAGACAAAUAUCUUCUCAUUCACCGGCAGCUUCAAGCAACAAUAACUAUGCGUUUGAUUGUGAUUCAACUCACAAUGACUUUGUAUUGCCCCCUGGUAAGCUGCAGUUUAGAAAUGUGACAUGGAUUGGUAUUGCCACAAUCACUAGCAAAGUUCUGGGAUUAGUGAGGGAGAUUGUUAUAGCUUCAGUUUUUGGCAUUGGUCCGGUGGCAACUGCCUUCAGGUAUGCUUCGGUGCUGCCUGGUUUUGCUGCAUCGGUUCUUGGUGGUGUUAAUGGUCCUAUUCACAUCACAAUGACAGCUACGUUAAGUAAGCUUCCACAGGAUCGUCAAGAAAAGCUAUUUAAGCAUGCAAAUACUGUCAUGAUCCUGGUAGGAGUUCUGGUGGCUGCCCUUGUGUUCAUAUUUUCCAAGUCUAUAAUUCAUGUAUAUGCACCAGGUCUGUGGACUUCAACAGAAGGCCAGAUAACAAGCCGAAUAGCUAUCCAACAGUUGAAAAUAAUGAGUUCUUGCAUUGUUUUUGCUGGCACUGUUGGUCUUGGAUUUGGUUAUCUGAGUGCAAAAGGAGAAAAUGUCUUUCCUGCGAUUAGCCCGGCCUUCUCUAGCUUGCUCCUGAUUGCCAGUUGCCUCUUUUACUCGUUCAGCAGAAAAUCAGAUGCCCUUUCUUCUGGUGGCAUUCUUCUGUCCUGUGGAGCUUCCCUUGGUGUAGUCGUUCAAUGGAUUAUCCAGGUGGCAUUGCUAAGGAGAGCAUGGCAUGAAGUUAUUUCAGCUUCAUGGAUUGACGGAUUCAGGAGCAGGGAUCUUUGUGAACUUUUCUCAGUACUAGUACCAGCAACAUUCAAUUCAGGCUUGGCACAAAUAGCAUCAUUUACUGACAUCUGUUUUGCAUCUCAUUUUCCUGGUGCUGCCGCAGGCCUUUCAUAUGCUUUUCUUUUGGUCAUGGCACCUUUGGGGUUGCUUUCAAGCAUCGUUAUACUGCCUAUUUUACCCAUGUUAUCCAGACUGAUAAAGACUGAGUCAUGGCCAACCCUAGUAGAGAAGAUAAACAGAGCCGUCUUGCUAUGCAUGGUCAUUCUCCUGCCAAUCCUUUCAGUCAUGAGUAGCUUGGCCAAUCCAAUCAUCCGCGUCUUGUUUGAGCGAUAUGCAUUUGAUUCUUCGGCAAGUGCUUUAGUUUCUUCUCUUUAUCUUUUCUAUUCUCUUGGCUCACCAUUCUUGAUCCUCAGAGAGUUGCUAGUCGCAGUGUUUUAUGCCUUUGGAGAUGGACUGAGACCUUUCCUGGUUAGUAUUGGAGCUAUUGCUCUAAAUGCUCUCUUGGAUUGGUUCUUUGUUUACAGAUUAAAUAGUGGAUUGCAAGGAUUGGCGCUUGCAACGUCACUCACUGCUGCCUUGUCUCUCGUUACCCUGUUCCAUCUCCUUCAAAGGAAGGUUGGAGGGAUUUUUCAUCUUCCUGAAUUAAUAGGUCGUGGUUUGCUUCUAUGCUUCUGUUGUGUCAUCUCCAGCUCUGUAACUUCCAUCAGUUAUGAAAUGAUCUCAAAAAAAUUCCUUUCCGAGUAUAUCACAAGGUUGCCUAGGAUCCAAGAACUCUACUGCAUAGUAUCAGCUGCUGCUCUUGGAUUUAUUGGCUUCUUUGCCCCUCUUCUGUUAUAUUAUUUUUCUAGAUAUAAAUUGGAGUUGAAUAACUUGAAUAUUGAUGAAACAUAAGGUCAAUGCACAGUUCCUUGGUAUUUGGUUCGGAACUCCUUAUACAUGCCGGCGCCAAAUGUUCUGCUCAAUGAAAGAUUGAAGAAUGCAAACAAUUCAGAGUGAAGUUCAGGAUGAUCGUUGUAACAUAACAGUUUGAUUGGCUUAAAGGGUACCAACGUGGACUCGAGACGAACCUGCCGAUAUUCAUAUUAUAAAAUCUUCACGAAUAAUUUCGAACAUUGGAGAUUGCAGCGACAUCAAGAGACAUUUAUAAAGUACAUGAGCAACUAAACUGGCGAGACGGUGAGCAUGUCGCAUUAGUUGAUGAAUCGGGUAGUUUCUUGUUUGCUUCUAACUCAUCUUUGCAGACGCUAAAUUCCUUGAAAUUUGUUGUUAUACAAUUGUACAUUAAUCGCA